AUGGAGGUAGAUACUGUUGCGGAUAUUCCUGCUGUUGCUUCUUUUCCGGGAACUGUGACGGUCCAGCUUCAUCCUCUGGUGAUAUUGAAUAUUUCUGAACACUGGACACGCAAUAAAGUUAAACAUGGCUCCUCAUUGGUGGUAGUCUACGGUGCUCUACUUGGUAAACAGGAGGGACAUCUAAUUACCAACUCGUUCGAGCUUCUUCUGGAUGAGCCACACCUGACUAUCAACUCAGAAUUUUAUGUUGCUAGAGAAUCUCAGUGCAAGCAAGUUUAUCCUGAAUUGGAUGUUGUGGGUUGGUAUGCUUCUGGCGGAGCAAUUACCGAAAACGACGAAUUGUUCCACAGACAGAUGCAAGAGUUCAAUGAGUCCCUUCUGAUUUUAAAGCUGGAUCCACUCCAGUCUUGUACCGAACAGCUGCCUAUUCGGGUGUAUGAAUCUGUUGUCGACAAUGAUGGACGGAUACAUUUUAGGCAGAUAAGUUACUUUCCUUACCAUAUUUCGCACCCAUCUGGUUGGCUUAGCUUAACCUGUUGUUAAUUAUCAGAAUUCUUCUAUUUGUCACUAUUUUUUUAUUUAAUAAUGCUGCACUGUGAUUGAUUGAACAUGCUUCCUCUGUCUCUACCGUACCUAGUCGUUUCAGGUAAUCAAUUGUGGCUAACUACUGUUGUUCAGAACCUGGGACCUUUGCUGGAACACUGUAAACCAACGAUGCAAUUGUCUUGAACACGGUCCCACUGGUAUACAUCCUCAGUAUUUACUGCAACAGACAAUUCAUCGUCAUCAUUAUGCACAUUAGCUAGAGAUGGAUAACACUUCAGCUCUUAUGCCGCAAUACAUGAGCAAAUAAAAACACCUGCAACCGAGGCGCGCCAGCUGAGCCACCAGUAACGGGUGGGCGUCGUUCCGGAAAGCCGCCAGCCAGUAUCGUGCC